AUGUCGUACGACUACCUCUUCAAGCUUCUCCUCAUCGGUGAUUCCGGUGUUGGAAAGUCUUGCCUUCUGUUGCGAUUCGCCGACGACACAUACACCGAGUCCUACAUCUCCACCAUCGGUGUCGACUUUAAAAUCCGCACGAUAGAGCUCGAUGGAAAGACGGUGAAGCUGCAAAUCUGGGAUACUGCCGGUCAGGAGCGCUUCCGCACCAUCACUUCCUCCUACUACCGUGGUGCCCACGGCAUCUGCGUCGUCUACGAUGUCACCGACAUGGACUCUUUCAACAACGUCAAGCAAUGGCUCCAGGAGAUCGACAGAUACGCCACCGAGGGCGUCAACAAGCUGCUCGUUGGCAACAAGAGCGAUAUGUCCGACAAGAAGGUUGUCGAGUACACCGUCGCCAAGGAAUUUGCCGACAGCUUGGGCAUUCCCUUCCUUGAAACCUCUGCAAAGAACGCCAGCAACGUCGAGCAGGCUUUCCUGACCAUGGCCCGCCAGAUCAAGGAGCGCAUGGGUAGCACGACCGCGAACAACACGAAACCCUCCGUACAGGUUGGCCCCGGCCACGGUGUCUCCUCGAACUCGGGAGGUGGCUGCUGCUAA